CGCGGUCGCUCGCCGUCAUCGGCAGCGCACGCACGAAACGCCCUUGAAAUGAACUUUGGCUGCCGGGGCGGUCAACCUGCUGGCUGAACCUGUGAUUUUGGGCUGAUUCGCGUCGUGUCGCGCAACUGAUACUCUCCACUUAUCUACUCCCGAUCCAGCACUGGCAGGCGGACACCGGCGAGACAGCAUGUCGAGGGACAAGAUGUCCAGGCGGUUCUACCGCGUCGAGAGCGGACAGGAUCUGCUCGCCUACAUGGACAAGGGCGAGUCGGCAAACUUGGAGAACCGCUGGUGCUUCGAGACCGCGUGGGAGGCGGCAAACAAAGUGGGUGGAAUUUACACGGUGAUCCGGUCGAAGGCUUUCGUGUCGACCGAGGAGAUGGGCGAGCAUUACUGCCUCCUCGGCCCGUACAAAGAGACGUACGCGCGAACCGAGGUGGAGGAGUUGGAGUUUCCCACAAACAGUCCUUUCGCGGUGGCCGUGCGCAAUCUGCGUGCCCAGGGCUACAAGCUGCACACGGGCACAUGGCUAGUCGAUGGCAACCCGCAGAUCAUCCUCUUUGACAUCGGCUCCGGUGCCUGGAAGCUAGACCAGUUCAGGCAUGAGCUGUGGGAGACGUGCCACCUCGGCAUUCCACACCUGGACGUCGAGGCCAACGACGCCGUCAUUCUCGGAUACAUGGUUGCAGAAUUCAUUGCAGAAUUUAGAAAAGCGGCUGAAGAGUAUUCUGACAUCAAGCCCAGGGUGGUGGCGCACUUCCACGAGUGGCAGGCGGGCGUGGGUCUCAUUGCACUGCGCACCAGGCACGUCGAGGUGGCCACUGUUUUCACCACGCACGCCACCCUUCUCGGCCGGUACCUCUGCGCCGGCAGCACUGAUUUCUACAAUAACCUCGGCAAUUUCAAUGUGGAUGAGGAGGCAGGAAAGCGGCAGAUCUACCAUCGGUACUGCAUGGAGCGUGCGGCAACACAUCUGAGUCACGUGUUCACAACGGUGUCAGAAGUGACCGGGCUGGAGGCAGAGCACUUGCUCAAACGCAAGCCUGACUACAUCACUCCAAACGGCCUGAAUGUGAAGAAGUUCUCGGCGCUGCACGAGUUCCAAAAUCUGCACGCCGUCGCCAAGGAAAAGAUCAACGAGUUCACACGGGGUCAUUUUUACGGCCACUAUGAUUUUGACCUGGACAAGACGCUCUACUUCUUCAUUGCUGGCCGCUAUGAGUUUGGCAACAAGGGUGCAGAUGUGUUCAUUGAGGCGCUGGCCCGGCUGAACCAUUACCUGAAGGCGGCAAACUCAGACACAACAGUGGUGGCGUUCCUCAUCUUCCCUGCCAAGACCAACAACUUCAACGUGGAGAGUCUUCGUGGCGCUGCGGUGACCAAGAGUUUGCGCGACACAAUCAACCAGAUCCAGCACAAUUUGGGCAAGCGCCUCUAUGAGAUCUGCCUGCAGGGUAAAGUGCCUGGUCCGAAUGACCUGCUUCUAAAAGAGGACACGGUCAAGCUCAAACGCUGCACCUACGCGCUGCAGCGUGAUGGUCUGCCGCCUGUCACCACACACAACGUCAUUGACGAUUGGAACGACCCUGUGCUCAACUCCAUCCGCAGGUGCCAGAUGUUUAACACCGUCAACGACAGAGUCAAGGUUGUGUUCCACCCUGAGUUCCUGUCAUCGACAAAUCCACUGUUUGGUCUUGACUACGAGGAGUUUGUGCGGGGCUGCCAUUUGGGUGUGUUCCCCUCUUAUUACGAGCCGUGGGGCUACACGCCAGCCGAGUGCACAGUCAUGGGCAUUCCCUCCAUCACCACCAACCUCUCAGGCUUCGGCUGCUUCAUGCAGGAACAUGUAGCUGACCCAAUGAGCUACGGUAUUUACAUCGUGGACCGGCGCUACAUAUCGCUUGAAAGCACAAUCAGGCAGCUGGCGCAGUACAUGUUCGACUUCUCGCGGCUCAACCGACGCCAACGCAUCAUCCAGCGUAACCGCACUGAGCGCCUCAGCGACCUGCUCGACUGGCGCAACCUUGGAAUUUAUUAUCGCCAAGCAAGAAUGCGAGCGUUGAAGAGCGUGUACCCCGAAAUGGAAGAGGAGGGUGAAGGCAUGGGCGGCCGCUUCAACUACCCGCGACCGAUUUCGGAGCCCCCAAGUCCAAGUUCUUCGCGGAUGACUACUCCAGCACCUUCAGAGCAUGGUUCAGAUGAUGAGGAUGAGGUUGAUGAAGAGAAAGAGCUGCAAGAGUUGGCUCACGGCGGGAAUUGAGCGGGGAUUUAAUAGAGUUUUAAACAAACAAAAUCAACCGAGGUGAAGGAAUCAAAGUUAUGAUAUAAUGACCGCACUCAUUACUAAAAUGUGCACAGAUAGCUGUACUGCAAGUCACGAGAUAGAAAAAAGUAAUUCUGCGUUUAAAACGAUGCGUUUUCUGUGUAUAUUAGCCUUUGGUAGCCGCGCUCACUAUUUUUUGUCCUAGUGCCAUCUCGUUUUGUAUUUUUGCUCAUGGAUUACACUUUGUUUUUUGCUGUUGAGUAUAUUUUUAUAUAAUAUUAUUUCGUCAUUUUAAUCUCUCGUUAUUUACAUAUAGUUGUGUUUUGUUUAUAGCCUUAAAGAGAUACAUAUGUUGUGAAACUUAUUGAUUUAUCCGAUUUAUCACUUCAGCAAUCGUCUGAAAAAUAGUUAUAUAUUAUAGUUAUUUACUAGACAAAAGCAGUGAAAUUGGAACCUGGAGUGUAUAUUGCAUUAUAUCAAAAGCUGUUCUCUCAGAUAUAUUAUUCUAUGCUAUAUAGUGUAUAUCGUUCUAAAUUUUACUGACGGACACACUUAUUGUUGGUAAAUUGGUUUGAAUUUUAUCGAAAAAAAGCUCUUUUAGUUUGUCUGCUUCUUCACAAUUUCUCUCUUCGCUGUUCUUGGAAAAAAUGAUCUAAAACUAAAAUUGCAAACACCUGAAACACACACUCAUGUUGAAUUAUUUUUUAAUCCACACAUGAAUGUGAUACAAUGUGCCAUAAAUUAAAAAAAAUGCAAUUAAAUAGAUCUACAGAA